ACUCGCGAAACAGUCUACUUCUGUGAACAAAUCGAACAUACCCUUUCACCACAAGGAAUUCUGGGAAACUGUUCAAAAAUGGCGGAUGAAGUUGAACAGCAAACGACCACCAACACAGUGGAGGAGCCCCUGGAUCUGAUCAGGCUCAGUUUGGAUGAAAGGAUAUAUGUUAAGAUGAGAAACGACCGAGAACUCAGGGGCAGAUUGAACGCCUACGAUCAGCACUUGAACAUGAUCUUGGGAGAUGUUGAGGAGACGGUGACAACAGUAGAGAUUGAUGAGGAGACGUAUGAAGAAAUUUACAAGUCAACGAAGAGGAACAUCCCCAUGUUGUUUGUGAGAGGUGACGGAGUCGUCUUGGUCGCUCCUCCUCUCAGGGUGGGCUAGCAGCUAACCGUGUUCUGCUGUGUUCCUGGAUCCUGAAAGAUAAAAAAAAAAAUGGUGUAGUUGACAAAUCGCAAAUAAUGAUUUAGUCGUUACCUUUUGUGAGUUUUGAAUGACCAAAUGGUUUUAAGUUAAUGCAGAAUAAAUAUUAUUUGGCCUGUUAUUUUAGUUAGAUCGCUCUGGGAAUUGUGUAAAACAUUGAUAUUACCCCAUAAAAUGAAAUGCAUUAACCAAGGUAAUGGUUUCAUUCAGGUUUGAAAUUGUUCCUAAUACCAUUGUCUAUUCCCCAACAUGUUAGGUUGUUUUAAUCUUACAUGUUCCACUGUACUGCACAGUAUUUUUGGUUUCUGUCAAAGUUUGUGGUCUUUUAUGCUUUUGUAAUGAACAUGUUAAUAACUACGCUGAGACAAGAAAUCAUGUCCUCAGAUGCGCCAGUAGUCAUUUUGUUAUUAAGUUCGGUCUGAUGGUCACUUGACUGAUAAAGGAAAACCAUUGUUAAUAAAGUUAAGACUUUUGAGUAUUA